GGCAAUGAUGGAGAAGCCACUGUAGCGGCCACUGGGGCCGGAGAAAACCAAGCUUGUCUUGGGAUCCUGCCUGUUAAAGUUCAAGGAAAAGGUAGCGACAGGAUGGUCGAAACGUAUGCUCUGCUUGACAAUGGUUCGGAGGUGACACUGUACCAUGAAAGGCUGGCAAAAAAGCUUAAGCUUAAUGGAGAUAGACUUAGUUUCACAUUGACUGGAAUGACGGGCUCAGCUCAGGUGGAAAGUUGCCUUGUAGAUUUGUUUAUUUGGUUAUGAAGUCCUUGGAUGAAUCAGUUACUGUUGCCAAUGCCAAUUUCUACAAGUUGUAUUGUGAAGACAGAAGACCUUACUUGGUGGCCUCAUCUCCGAGACAUUGACAUUCCAGUGCUAGAAAAUGGAGAAGUCUUGCUGUUGAUUGGUCUCAAAGAGAAUCCUGGCCUGUUCCUUCCACUUGAAUGUAAAUCUGGUGGCCACGAUGAGCCGAUAGCUAUCCGAUACAGCUUAGGAUAG